AACUGCAAAGAUGAUGAUGAAUCCGCAGAUUAUCUUGCUGAAGGAAGGGACCGACUCGUCUCAGGGCAUUCCCCAACUCGUCAGUAACAUCAAUGCCUGCCAGGUUAUUGCUGAGGCUGUCAGGACCACCCUGGGGCCCAGGGGGAUGGACAAACUGAUGGUGGAUGGCAGAGGUAAGGCCACAAUCUCCAACGAUGGAGCCACCAUCCUGAAACUGCUGGAUGUGAUUCACCCAGCAGCCAAGACCCUGGUGGACAUCGCUCGCUCCCAGGAUGCUGAGGUUGGCGACGGCACCACCUCCGUCACUCUCCUGGCUGCUGAGUUCUUGAAGCAGCUAAAGUCAUACGUGGAGGACGGCCUCCACCCCCAGACCAUCAUCAGGGCGUUCCGCACUGCCACCCACCUCGCCGUCCACAAGAUCAAGGAUAUCGCCGUCUCUGUGAAGAAAGACGACAUCCAAGAGCAGAGGCUGAUGCUGGAGAGGUGUGCAGCCACAGCCCUGAACUCCAAGCUAAUUGCUGGUCAGAAGGAGUUCUUUUCCAAAAUGGUGGUGGACGCUGUCAUGUCUCUGGAUGAGCUGAUGUCUCUGAAGAUGAUUGGCAUCAAGAAGGUCCAGGGCGGAGCUCUUGAGGAGUCCCAUUUGGUCUCUGGGGUUGCGUUCAAGAAGACCUUCUCUUACGCCGGGUUCGAGAUGCAGCCUAAACGAUAUGAUAAUCCAAAGAUUGCUCUGCUCAAUGUGGAGCUGGAGCUGAAGGCUGAGAAGGAUAACGCUGAGGUUCGCGUGAACUGUGUGGAGGACUACCAAGCCAUUGUGGACGCAGAGUGGAACAUCCUGUACGACAAACUGGAUAAGAUCCAUAAUUCAGGAGCCAAGGUGGUUUUGUCCAAGUUGCCCAUCGGAGAUGUGGCCACCCAGUACUUCGCUGACAGAGACCUGUUCUGUGCUGGCAGGGUGCAGGAGGAGGAUCUGAAGAGGACCAUGAUGGCCUGCGGCGGCUCCAUCCAGACCACAGUAAGUGCCCUGACAGACAACGUCCUGGGACAGUGUGAACUCUUCGAGGAGCUCCAGGUUGGAGGAGAGAGGUAUAACUUCUUUAAGGGCUGUCCGAAGGCGAGAACUUGCACCAUCAUCCUGAGGGGCGGGGCCGAGCAGUUCACCGAGGAGACGGAGCGAUCUCUGCACGAUGCCAUCAUGAUCGUACGCAGAGCCAUCAAGAAUGACUCCAUCGUCGCGGGUGGAGGAGCCAUCGAGAUGGAGCUGUCCAAGUACCUGCGCGAUUACUCCAGGACCAUCCCUGGCAAACAGCAGCUGCUGAUUGGAGUGUACGCAAAGGCCCUGGAGAUCAUCCCCAGACAGCUGUGCGACAACGCCGGCUUUGACGCCACCAACAUCCUGAACAAGCUGCGUGCCAAGCACGCACAGCCGGGCGGUAUGUGGUACGGCGUAGAUAUCAACAACGAGGACAUCGCAGACAACUUCGCCGCCUUCGUCUGGGAGCCGUCCAUCGUGAGGAUCAAUGCGCUGACGGCGGCGUCCGAGGCCGCCUGCCUCAUCCUGUCGGUGGACGAGACGAUCAAGAACCCACGCAGCAGUAUGGAUGGGCCUCCUGCUGGUGGCAAGGGCCGAGGCCGCGGGAAACCCCAAGCUCACUAAGAGAAGCGAGAACGAAACCCAAUUUUGAACUGGCAUUACAAUCCAAAUGCAGAUAGAGGAUUGUGUCUUCAGCACAGUUUAGGUUACAUUUAGAUUGUUUGAAUGCAUCUCUUUGCGUUUGACCUGCAUGUGGAUUUGAAUCCUAGAUAGAAUUGGGUAAACCGUCAUAGACACGUUGCAAAUGGCAAGUAGAGUGAAACGGUUAAAAGAGGGAAGUGAGAAGUUCAUCUGGCAAUUUCAACACUGAUUCUUUGGACGUGGUGGAAGGUGGCUCAUUGUUUUCUUUGUCGCCUGUAUGUUCUGACUAAAGCUUUCACUGAGUCUGUCUUAACAUGUCAUGCCUUCCAUCUUUCCAUGUGUAGCCAGUUUACUGAGAAAUGGGGUUGAAAUACAAGAAAAAUGGAACUAGUCCCCCUUUGGUUUUGAACUAAACGCACUCCUGUCCUCCCGUGUUUGCUCUUCUCUGACCUGAAGCAGCUGUUGCAUCAUUUCUAAUCUGUUCAUGUGACAAACUGAUGUGUAACAUGGGAAGUAAAGCACUGAUAAAAUGUUGAGCAGUUCUGAACCAUUCAUUGUUUUGGAUGUGUGAAACUAUUGGACCAUUCUUAUCAAUAAAUUCACAGCUGAAAUCA